AUGGAGGUGAGCACUGUGUCCCCAUCUCCUGCCUCACCCACUGAAGGAGACGGUCUCUGUAAGACAAAUGUCACCAGCGUGGCCAUACACAGUGUGACCCUGUUCGUCUGCCUCUGUGGACUGGCUGGGAACGGGGCUGUCAUCGGCCUCCUCAGCCUGAAAAUCCCCAACUAUGGCAUCUUUGACCUGGCUGUUGCUGAUUUUCUCUUCCUCCUCUUUGCCGUCUUCCCUGCCCUCCUCUUCCUGGUGGAGGACGUGUCCUGCUCUCCUAUUGUGCCCAUGCUGUACCUGCGUUUCCUUUUCCAGCUCUCAGUGGUCUCCUACUACUGGGGGCUGUUCCGACUGAUGCUCAACAGCGAUGUGCAGUAUGUGUACAAGCUCUGGAAGCUCUACUGGCACUACGACCUUCCUAAGAGGCUGGUGUGGGUGGCAGAGAGUUUCCAAUACUGUGCCUUCUUCGCUCUCUUUGCUGUCAUUCCUGCAGUGACAUUCCUGUGCCCAUCACAUGAGCAGGAGCACUGCCGUGUUCCUCUCAUCUCCAUGUACACCAUCAUCCUGCUCCUCUUCCUUGCACCCGUGUUUGUUUCCAGCACAAUUGAUUUCAUUAAGGCCAAGUGGGGCUCCCAGCAGCAGCAACCCAAGAGGCGCGACAUCGUUAUCAUCAUCACUGUGCUCUUCACUCUCCUUCUCAGUUUUUGCAAUUUCCUGCAGCAGCUCGGUUACAUCACUGUGCCCUCUCAGGUUGCUUUCCUACUUGCAUGCAUCCACAGCAGCAUCAAACCCUUCAUCUGCUUCUUGGCAGGGAGGUGCAGGAGGCCCUUCUCCCUAGGGUCCCUCCAAGUCUCCCUCCAGAGGGUCUUUGAGGAGCCAAAAGAAAAAACUGACGACAGUGAUGAUCCUGCCAUGGACACACUGCUCUGAGCCUUUUGAUCCCUUCCACUGCUGUGCUGAAGGACCUCGGCACAGGGGCUGAAGGUUUCCUUGAGUCACCUGAUUAAUCAAUAUCCACAGGAUCACCCUCUCUGUGGUGGGGUAUUCCUGCAGAAGGGAGCAUGGGCAUUGCCUUGGCUGAUUUUUGUGGGAUGCUCUGCAGGGAGCACACUGGACCAUGGCUUUCCUGCUCCCUCCUGGAUCCACAUGGCUCCAAGCAGUGCAGCUGGGCUCAGUGCUGUUCUCCAGCUCUAUUCCCCAUGGAAUGACCCUCAUGGCCUCGGCCCCAGGGAAUGAACUCCAUCUCCUUUGGCUCAGCAGAUGACUUUCAUGGUGUUUUCAGGGAGCUCUUGCCUGCAAGAAUGGGACACCUUAAUCACUGGGGACACACCCAGCAUGGGGGGGGCAGUGAUUUCCCUGCAGGGCUGGUGCCUCUGGAUGGCAGGAGAGCGGCUGAGAUCACACGGAGCAUCCUUCCCCUUCUGUCCAGCAGAGCCAGCCCUUCAUUCCCAGCUGAUGGGAAGGGACACCAGCAGAUGCUUGGACCAUUGAAUUGCACAGAAAUGAGGGGGUGAUGCUGCUCUUCUGCAGAAUGGGGCCAUCCAUGCUCUGGUUCCCCAGCAUCAGUGUCCAGGGAAGCCCUUGAGCACCUCCAUCCUGAACCUGGCCACCCUCAGGAGGAGCUGCACAGCCACUCUACACAGCAGCUCCAGCCACAGCCCAGCCUGUCCUGAUCUUUGGCAUUCUGUAACUACCCCUCAAUCAAGUUUGCAUUUAUCCUUUUUGUUUGCUUCUGUGGUAAUUCCAGCCCCAGAAUUUGUUGAAUAAACAACAAACGUGCU